CGCGACAGAUUUCAAAUUUUAAUCUUAAAUCCGAGAGGACGUUUAAAGUUUGAAGUCUCUCGGUGAGUUAUCCGACGACAAUUGCUUUUAGUGCUCGCUUUCUGUUGAAGUUUCAAAACGACAAGGAAGUCCCCUCUUCCUGACAACAUGUCCGCUCUAAAGUCUGAGCUGUGGAAGAUGAAACUGCAGAGGAUCGAUGAGGAAGAUUCCAGAGAUUCCUUGGAGAGCGAGCUGCAUGAACACAUCGGGUUGCUCAAGCAGAGAGAGUUGCUCAGCAGCAGGUUACAAUAUUGUCUGGAGAAACUACAAGAAGAGCAAAGUGAUCAGGAGACGCAAGCGAAGAAACACAUCAAGGUGCUGGAGUCCAAAAUCAGCAAAUUACAGCAGCGGCUCCACGAAAUUUUAAAAGAAAAAAAUGAUUUUAAAAGGCGCUCCUCUCUUAUGGAGAGAAAAGUGGAUCAGCUCACAAAAGAAAAUGGUUCUCUCUCUUUCCAGUUGAGAGGAGCGCACUCUCUGCUGGAUUCCUAUGAGGCCAAAGUUGGUCAGUUAACAGCCGCCCUGGAAUGUGCUCAGGGGGAGUGGGAAACCCAAAAGAAUCACCUGCAGUCCGAGGUCAAAAAAGCCACAACUGAAAAGGAGAUUCUCUCUGAACAAAAUCGGAGCCUGGAGGGUAAGAUUUCAAUGCUACAGGAUGAAAUCAGUACGAUCUCCCGGGGAGAAGUCGGGGAAAACAUGUAUGCUGUGGCAGAGGAAAUGAUGGAGGAUGAAAAGAGAUGGGGGAGCACCAUCCAUGCCAAGGCCACCAGUACUUUCUGUGUCGGGGAGGAGACGGGUCCUGAGACGGGACCAGAAGAUUGGAAGAGGAUUGAGGAGCUCCAGGCCAGAAACAAGGCUUGUCUUCCUCCUCUGAAAAGUAGCGACCCGAUAGAGUUUGAGACUCCUCGUGCUGGUGCGUUUGUGGUCACCCACGAUGCCAUUCCUACUGGCAGCCUGUCAGACACCAUCCAUCGCGCGUCAAUGACGCCUGGCCAGCUGCCGGACUCUUGCGGCUCACACCGCCACAUGUUUUCAACCAGUGUGAACAGCCCGCGAACGGCAAAACGGUUGAGGUCUACGCUGUUCAAACCCUUGCCUGAGAAAGGAGCGAGGGCUGGCUGGUGCCCUGUCAGCCCCAAGAACAGGACGGGGAAGAAGCGAGUUUCUGAUGCUGCUGUGGCUCCAGCUGACCAGAAGAAGUUUGCUUCCUUUUUCAUUGAGAAUUCUCAGAGGAAAAACAAGUUGCUCAAGAGAAGCUCCCGCGAAAGGCAAGGGGAGUAGGAUGCCUGGUUCCUUUCCACAACUGUUCAUAGAGUCAAAUGUGGUUCCUUUUUUCCAAUGCUUUUCUGUAACCGUAGUUACCAGGCGAUAACCCGCUACUUUCCUCUCGCUGUAUGAACCCUAUUUUCCUUCUAUGCACUCUAUAGUUCAGAAAAUACUACUAGUCCUAAUCUUUCAAAAUAACUCAUUCUGACAAGUUCAUUGGAAGGAAAGGGCGGCAAGGAUGGUGUUUCUUUUUGUUUGUUUUUCUAAUUCCUGUUUGGCUGAUCAAAGUGAGAAGCAAAUGGCAUGACAUGGUGUGAAUAUGGGUAAUACUGUUGCUAUUGUUUUCUCCCCUUCUGUAGAUGAGGAACAAAGUGCAAAUUCAUGUUCUUCAUGUUCAUGACCACCUGUUCCAUUGCUUGUACAAACUGUGCUUCUUCAUGUAUUUUGGAAAUACAAUUCAUUUGACUUCU